AUUUUGUUCUCAACAUUCAACAACAAUAUAUAAAAAGUUAUACAAAUAUACGUAAACCAAUGAUUACGUACAAGCAAUUAGUUUUUUGUCUGCUGGUGUUUGUUUCCACGAUCGGACCGGCCUAUGUUCACGGCGAUGAUUCUCUGGAGUGGGUGCAGAAAGACAACCGGCGCUUCCUUCAUGUUGUUUAUAGGGUUGGCGAUCUUAAUCGAACGAUAAAGUUCUACACAGAGUGUUUUGGCAUGCAGCUACUGAGAAAAAGAGAAAACCCGCAAAAGAAAUACUCAAAAGCAACUCUUGGGUUUGGUCCUGAAGAGACAUACUUUGUAGUGAAGUUAAUACAGAAACAUGGAGUGAACAAGAUUGAUAUCGGCACAGGUUUUGGACACCUCGGAAUAGCAACUCAGAAUAUUUAUGAAAUGGUUGAGCUGAUUCGUAGCAAAGGCGGAGUUAUCACGACUGAACCUGGAACUCUUGAAGGUGGGGGGACGACCAUUUUCGCCUUUGUGCAGGAUCCAGAUGGCUACAGUUUUGAGCUCGUCCAAAGUGGUCCAACUCCUGAUCCACUUAGUCAAAUGAUGCUUCGUGUGAUCGAUCUGGAUCGCGCUACCAACUUCUAUGAAAAGGCACUUGGCAUGAAGCUUUUGCAUAAGUUUGAUAACCCUCAAGAGAAGUAUACUGUAUCUAUUAUGGGUUAUGGGGAGCUAUUUCAAUCGACCUACCUAGAGUUGCAAUAUAAUUAUGGAGUAACUGAGUAUACAAAGGGAAAUGGAUAUAUCCAGGUCGCCAUAAGUACUGAUGAUGUAUACAAAAGUGCCGAGGCUGUUAAGCUGGUUACUAAAGAACUAGGAGGAAAUUUAAUUCUACCACCAGGUCCAAUUCCGGGAAUCAAGACAAAAGUUACUUCUUUCGUUGAUCCAGAUGGCUGGAAAGCAGUCUUGGUGGACAAUGAAGAUUUCCUAAAGGGACUGCAGAAGAAAGAGUGAAAUUAGUGAAGGGACUCACCAUUUCGCAGAGUCUUUGUGUUUCAAAUAUUACUUGAACUAUGCUCUAAGCAAGCUCCAAUUCAAUGAUGUACACAUGUAUAAAUAAGGAUAUGAUAUUGACAAUCCACUUCUAUGCAAUUGCAUUUUACUUUCAUUUUCUAAUAAAUAAAAUGACAAAAUUACUUCUCAAAAGUGGAAUGUAAGUACUUUUUGGGACCCGUGGAGUGUGAGUCUGCUUUUGAAGGACAAGUUUAAUUACAUUUUUGAAAAAGCAAGCUGAGUUCAAGGCUAAAAAAGUGGAGUGUGAAUAUCAUCAUCUUUGAGAUUUUUGAAAAAAGCAAGUUGAGUUCAAGACUAAAAAAGUGGAGUGUGAAUAUCAUCAUCUCUGAUAAAUCUACGAAG